AUCCGUACGAAAACAAACUCAUCUAACGAAAGUUGAAGUGCUAAUUUAACCCGUACUUUGGUUAUCUGUUUCUAGAUUGUUACGUCAAAUUUGAUAGUUUUAUCAGUGUUAUCGCUGGAAAACAGCUCAAUUAUGUGUAGUUUCUGUGUGAGCGUAACUGUACAGAGUUCCUAUUCUCAAUCUGGUCCCGUCCCGUAAUAGCAGGGCGUGUGUGCAUAAACCAGCUUAGCUGGACAAACUCGUUUAUUGUUAUUUUUUUUCGCUUCUGUGAGUGUUGUGAACAAGUUUCGAGAUAGCAGCGGUGAAUCAUCCAUCGGUCGACGAAAGAUGCCCCCGGAGAAGGAUAUCGUCACAAAAGGGUGGGAGAAGCUAGACGACGAUGUUAUCAUCAAAGAGGUGGCCACCAAGGGUAAACACGUUAAUCUUUGCGUGAGCUAUCUGGCCGAGCGAAACGAACUGUCCCUCGUUGAGGCCAAGAAUUACUUCCUGCAGAAGGUUAACGCGUACGUCUAUCGGUUGCUCUCGAAUCGGCAGCUCUACAAAGCUGAGCACAUCCUAACGAACAUCGACCGAGUCUCGAAGUAUGUCUUCUACCAGAUCGCGGCGGAAACCAGCGACCACGAGCUGAGGAACUACAUUCGGGAACAUCUGGCCAAAACGAUCGAAAACUACACCGGCGAAUCCGGCGAGGAACGUUUGAUAGAGGCCAACUGGAGGGUGUACUGCCUGCUCAAGGCCAACGUGCGCCAGCUUUCGGAACUGCUCCGCGAGCUAGAUAGUGACUAUAGUGUGCUGGAAAUUGAAACCAUGUCAUUCAAUACGUUCUAUGCCAAGGACGAAGCGUACCGAAACGCGGUCGCGCUGGAUCUGUUCUUUAAGAAUCAAGAAACGGAAAUCUCUCCCCUGCUGGACAAAUAUGCCGUGUGGAAUUACUUGCUCCGAAAUAACAUCGACAAUCUGGUCAAGAUCUGGAUACAAAUCAAUGUGUGCCUCCGUUUGCUACCCGAGCUGGCCCAGAACCCGUCGACGUAUUCCACCGAUUUGGCCAAAAUAAAAAUAGACAUCUACGACGAUCCAAGGUUCAACGAACGGCUGCGCCAGUUAUUCCGUCGCUGGGAGAUUAACGAUUUCAUGGUCGCACAGCUCUCCUGCCAGAAGAGUAUGUGCAAGAACGAGGUCCUGCUGAAUGCACUCGCAACCUACGGUAAGUUUGUGGAGCACGAACGAACUGAUCCGUUGCAAAUUCUCCGCCGGCUAUUUACGACGCACACUCUGGAAGUGAACAAAUCGUGGCUGAAGAGCCAAGACUUUUGCAACGAGCUCACGAAGCACCUCGUAGAAUCACGAUUAUUUCAGCUUAUGGACCUAAAAGUGGUUAGCAAGGACUACCUACGAAGCAUGGCGGAAGAUUCUAACUGUGAUAAACGCGAGGAGAUUGCAAUGUUUUUGCUGAUGGAUAGUCUUAAACAUGAUAGUAUUAAUAUGGAGAAAUUGCUGAAGGUUUCGCUGAGGACUUCGCAAUAUUUGAGCAAUAAUCAGGAAACAUUUUACGAUGAAAACCCGUUGGUGUAUCUGUUUGAUCAUUUCCUCAAUCCGGACAACACCAAAUUUCCCGAAGAUGAAACAAGACUUUGCAAGCUUCCUCAUUUGCAUAAUUUUUUGAAUAGACUGAAAAAUACUUCCGCAUCGGCCGUUUCGGCCAGCCGUUUGAUGGAGUUGCAUGAUCUCCCUAGUGUGGAUACAAUUCGAGAAAAUCUGUUUCGAAAUCGGGACCAGGACGACGAAGACGAGGACGAAAAGGCGGCUAAACGAGCGAUUUUAAAGCAGCACGGAUGUGUUCCCCACUUCAACCAUCCGCUGUUGAUCGAAAAAUACGCCACCUCCGUCAAGCUGAACUACCUGCACUACAUCAAACAGUAUCGAUCAACCUACGCCCUGUACCUGUUUUACUUGGAGCAGCUGAGAUGUUAUUCCCGAAUCGGACCGGCACAAAUCAACAGUGCCGCAAAAUCAGCAGCUGAAAUAGCACUCUCAAACUGUCGUGAUUCCAAUCUGGUCACGCAUUGUAUUGCCUUCAUCGAAAUGCUUGGAGUGGACAGUACGCGAACUCGCGCUUACGUUCGCUGUAUGAACAUGCUGCCCUGCUCGGAUGAACCAAGCUUCAUCUCAGCGCGCGAACUGAUCGAAAAAUGUGAAGACAUUGUCGUGUCCCGCUCCUGGAAUGACCCGGAGCUUCUGCCGGACCUAGAGGCGAUGGCCAUGUUGUGCCGUUCGAGUGAGCUGAAACUUCCGGAACGAUAUCUACGUCGGCUGUUGGGUGAAAAUGAUUGGUUUCGAUUUUUGCUGUUGGUUGAGUAUCUGGACUACCCACAACAGCAGCUACUGGAGCUUUGCAACGAGGGCUUCCAAGAUGUCACCAUCGGGUGCAAUGUGUUGAAAGCGAUCAAGUAUCAGGUGGCGCCGGCUCAACGGAGGCUCUCGACGCCAACGUCGCACCGGAGGAUGACUGGCAUCACACCGAGGAAGCGGAGAAAGGCUAGCAACACCACUGCCGAAGAGAGUCAAUCGAGCGUAUCAAGCGAAAACGACACCAAAAGACAUCAGUCGCAAGCGAUCGCGAACGAUGAGCCGGGUACGCACUACGAAGGAGCACGGUUCCUCUGCGAACAGUACGAUCGCGACCUAUUUGCGUCUAUCUUGCUCUGUUCCACGGAGGCUAACAAUUGCGGAACGACAGCAGAAGUUCGGGCGAGUCUGGAUUUCAAAGCUUUUCGGCAGCUAGUCUUGGAGGGUGUCCAAGCUGCGGAACAAUACACCUUCAUCAACUUAUUGGAUAGAGCAAUAAGACACAAGUGGCCCCUUCUAGCGAUUCUGGCUGGCACGGUAUCCCAUACCAACCGCAAAUACUGCUGGCUCAGCUGGUUGAUGAUAUCGGUCGACUAUCCUUUCCAAGACAGAAUUGUCAGCUUUCGGCAGAUUGAGUUCAUGCGCGAUUUGCUACAGCACUGCAUCCAGCUGGGCUACGUCCAAACACUGCACGAUAGUUUGGCCGUGUUUUACCCGGAAACCAAUUUCUACAGCUUCGCUAAAUAUCUGGUCGAAACGACCGCCGGUAACUUUACUCAAGCUACUACCGAUUGUUUGCGACAAUUCCUACAACACGUCACCGAUUGUCGUCUGUUGGAGUUGGAAAAACACGAACUGAUCGCGCUUUGUGUUAAACUUCUAACUCUUCAUCUAGAUCAUAACUUCAGUUCGCUGCAUCAUCAGAUCGAGUUGCUGGAAUCGUUGGUUGCGUCAGAUAUUGGCUGCUUUACACAACUGAUUGAUUUUGCGCUGCUGCUUAAGAUAAGUAACAUUAUCAGAAGCUCCACCGUGAGGGUGAUUUAUAUGAACUAUUUUGAUCGAUCGCCGGUCGACAUCCGGCAGGAGUACGAAAUUAUUUGCGAGAAUUUGGUAGCGGCGAAGUUCAACCAGGAAGCCAUCCAUUAUGCCGAUUUGUUGGAUCUUCCCAAGGAGAGCAUUAUUUUUGAACACUGGGUUAGCGGGUUCGAAAGUAGUGGCACUUGUUCAUUCGAACAGUAUAAAAGUGACUUGUUGAGGUAUAACUUUGAACCUGAAUUGUUGUUGAAUUUCUACAUUCACAUCGCAAAUAGACUAGAAUACAGUGAUGUUUUAAAGUAUACCAUACUCAAGAAAGCGCUUGAGCUGAUUAAAGAUUGGGGACUCUACCCGAGUGAGAUGUUCGACCGAGAUCGUCUAGAGUACGAGUUGGUUCUAGCUUAUGUGCGAUGUUCGGAAGAGCCAUCGAGUCUGGAACUGUAUCAUUCGUAUUUCUACACUAACAUCUACCGGCGCGAUCGCUACGUUCUUCAUCACACUUUUCUGGAACUCAAGGAAGUUGCUGGCAUCGAUGAUUUGACCGUAUCCAACUUACCCCUCAGUGAACCGGAGGAGAUAAUUCAUCUGGACUGCUUAAUCAAUCGUUUGUUGGAGCGAGGGGACAUCGUGCAGGCACUUCGUUACCAAGCAAUCUUCGAGCAACGCCCGGUUGACCUUCAUUUUAUUGUAUUCUGUAUGGCACUAGCCGAAUCGAUUGUCAGUCUGUACAAUCUGUCCAAGGAGGAGCGUCUGAUGCUGAACGAAGACUACAAACGAGCGGCGAAUCGUUUUCACCGUAGAACGCUACGUUCCAGCCGAAUCAGUCAAAGCUCAACCAACACCUCGCUUUGUUCACCACUGAAGCCUACGAACAACGACUCUUCCGAUACGAGCGCGGGGGCUUCGGAGUUCGAGGAAGUACCGCCUCGGGAGAAACAAGACAUCUUCGAAGCAAUUAAUACCCUCGGUGCCAAAAUUAAACACGGCCAGGAACUAGCCCAGCGCAUCGUUCUCACGUAUCGCGUUGCCAUGUACCUGGACAAGGAGUACAACGAAGUGCUGAAAGUUCGCGACCCAGGCGGUCUGCUGACCGAAAUCAUCCAGGAGGAGUGUAUUCAAAAGCUGGAAGUCAUCAGCGAUAUCAUGACCGCUCACCGGUUGGACGAUGGCACGGUUUCGGAGUUUCUUGCGAACGAAAUCGUAACUGCUGUCGUAUCCUCGAAGUUCUAUCUGCUGCAGCACACUUCGACGAGUGUUAAACCGAUCGACGAACAGCUCUGGGGAUACAACAUCGAUCGGGAGUUUCAUCUUUUCCUAGAGUUAGCUCCAAUCACGACAUUGCUGGGAAAUUUAUUGCUGCGAUACUGCGAUGCCAUCAAGCACUAUAAGAGGCUCGAAAAAUCUCCCGAUCGAAGUUCUCUCUCCGAGUCAGUCACUGAAGAAAUCGACUUGGAACUGCUAGAGCAGCUGAGAACAAUUUUCAAAGACCAAAUUCUGUCUCUCAAGAAGCAAAACACAAUCAUCGUAGCCCUGUUGAUCAAGGCUCACGAUUGCUUCGUUCACGAGUGUUCCGUCGAGGGCAUUGUGGAAGUUCUGCGACGCUGCAAAGCCCUGAACACCACGCUAACAGGAGCGAAGUCCUGGAGUUUAAUAGUUAAACUGCUGGUCGGUAUUGGCCGUUACCGAGAGAUGUACUAUUGCUUCGAAACACUCAUUAAAAACGAUCAAUUCGAGUCACUGCUGGGUCAGUUCGACGAGAAGCACACCAAUGGCCUUAAAACAGCCAUCAUCACAUAUCUACACGAACACUGUCCGGACCAGAAGGAGUAUUUCAAGCUGACCGCGCUCCACUUUUUGAUGUACAAGGAAACAGCGGAAAUGUACGAAACAGAGGCAAAAUCUACCAUCGCCAGAGUUCUGUCGACGCAUGAGAACCCGUACAGCGCAGCGGCUAGCCCAAAAGUGGCAAUCGCCCGGUUAGAAUGCACUUCUCUUGUACUGUCAGAGUUGAAUUCUGCCAUGGAAGCAUACAUGCAUGCAGCGGAAAACUACCUGCUGGACAAUAAAAUGAAUCUCGCCCAGAAAGCGGCAAGCAGUGCCGAGUUAGUGGCACUUCAGAUUUUUCUGGCUAAUAAGGCGCUGAUAGAAAAAAGUGAGGAGUCCAGUUCUUGUAUUUCUAUACUGAACAUCAAAAAGGACGAAAAGGGACUCAAUCUGGCUUAUUGUAUCAACAGUGUUUUAAGUGUCCCUCAAGCGUUGAUCAUAGCCCGCAACUACGACUACGAAAUCAGCUGGACAACGGCCCUGUACCAGCAUUACGUUGUUCGAGGGGAAACUCACUAUCUGGAAGACUUCCUCGAUCGGAUGCCGCUAACGGACGGAAUGGUGGAGAAUCUGGUGAAAACAUUCCAGCUGGAGCCGUGCAUAACACCGGAAAUGGAACGCUCUAUUGCCGGUCUGGUUGAGAUGGUAGAAUCCGUUACACUCAAGUACCGUCUGGCGUCGUUGCUCGGUUUGAAGCGAACACUGCACGAGCUUAUCAACCAGAACAGCUUGUACUACCUGAAGGAUUGCGAUUACGGGCGGAAAGAACAGGGCGGUCAGAGUGGUAGCUGAGGGAUAUUGCAGCCAAACUGGAUUGGGAUCGAUGUUUUACAAGUAUUCUGUACUACGAAUUAUUGUUAUAUCGAAAUAAAAGUAGUUGCUAGGAAUUGUGUGCGUAGCUAUGUAUCGGAAAUAACGGAAUAUAUUUACAAUAAAGAAUUCAAAGCAGUGCUUUUUUAAAAACCAA